UAAAACCUCGUUAAGCUCAAUCCUUAUUCAUCACCUUCUCGCUCACCCCGAGAUGGGCCAGGUUGCAUUCUUUUACUUCUCGGACAAUGUAGCCUCGCCGGAUGGUUCGAGGGCUAUUCGCAAUGAUUUAUCCACCAUUUUCCUUAGUAUCCUAGCGCAAUGUUGUCUUCUUCCUGAUGGAACAAUCUCAAAGGCUGUGCAUUGUGCCUUCGAUGACAGCGAAAAACAGGCUCCUGGGGGCUGCGACCUGAGCCUUGGAGCUAUACUAAAUCUGCUAGAAACAGUGUUUCUAGAAAGGCCAGAGGACCAGUUCACAUUUAUCUUUGAUGCCUUGGAUGAAUGUGGCGACCGACAGGGCUUCCUCUCCUCUCUCACUCAAAUAUUACGUUCCCGCCCAAAAGUGAGACUGUUCAUAUCAUCGCGGUUCGGCAUUGACAUAUCAGACCACCUGAAGUCCUACCAUACCUUGUCUAUCUCAUCCCAUAGCUCGACUGACAUCCGUUCCUAUGUUGAGAAUGAAGUCAAAAGUCGAUACGCAAGUAGCGGGAUGAAUGAAAAGCAGGCUACUCGACUCAAGGAUGCACUAAAUCUUUACUCGGACGGAGUGUUCCGAUGGGUUGUUUUGGAAUUGGACAUUUUCCUUCCCCGAUCGCCUCGUCAAGGAAGCAGGCAAAUGCCCAGAGACAUUGAGAAUCGACUGGAGAGAUUGGAGCAUUCCCAUGCACCCGCAGUUGAAAGACUAUUCGGGGCAUACCAAGAACUCUACGAAUACGCACUUGGAGCAGAGGAUGAACAUUCUCGAAGGCAUGUUGUGAAGACCGCCAUAACCAGGGUCCUAUGUUCGUUUACUCGUGUUACGCAAUACGAUCUAUUGCAUGCGGUAUCGGUUCAGCCAGAUGGCUCGAUAGACAUGACCAUUCAGCUCGAGGUUAUACUAGACUAUUGCAGCAAUUUCCUGGUCAAAGAACCAAGUGGCAUCAUCAAGCUUGCUCACCUGUCUGUGAGGCAAUUCUUUGAGAGAAUGCCAGAGUUUGCACCACCGCAACAACACCUACGAGUGGCCUCUUACUGCUUACAGGUUGUGCAGUCUUUAUCAGUGGAGGGCGAUAUUCAAUUACAUAGGUCACAACGACCAGGAACCCGGGAUUUCUCACGGCUGAGAAGCUCACUUGUCAUCCCUAAAGCGCUUGUCGACCUCAAAGCAGUUGAUACUGCUACGAUUUACUCCUACCUCUAUUGGUCCGCUCAUUGUAGAGCCACAUUGGGCUCAGUCAAGCUUUCAGAGUCACAUUGGGCUGGAGGCGUCCGGGACGUCCUGGUGGAAGACCUGACGCCACUGCAUUCAAUGAUCGCAGCGGGAAGGGACUUUUCCACCCGAGACGUUUUAGGCAAUACAAAACUGCAUGAAGUUGUCCAGCAGAACCAGCUAGCGGAGUUGGAUCUCCUCCUACGCCUCGACUCUCUCCAGGGGCAGUCGCAACUGAAUGUUGAAAAUAAGGCCGGAAAUCUGCCCAUACACCUCGCUGCAAUGCGGGGCUUCCGAGACGCUUUCCAUGACUUGGCGCUGGCAGGGUCUAGGCUUGACGCAACCAAUUCUUAUGGCCUGACACCACUUCAGCUUGCAAUUAUUUUCGGCAGAGUUGAAAUUUUACAGCUAGCCUGCCGCAUCGGCAUUGAUAUCUACCAGCCUGACCGAUUUGGAAACUGCCUACUCCAUUGCGCUUCCUUUAUUAGCCGGACAGAUAUCGUCCACGUCCUCCUCAAGGCUGGCGCCUGCCCAGACGUUCCGAACCAAGCCGGAGAUACUCCCUUCUUUGAGCCUCUGAAGUGGGCCAAUGUGACCACCAACAUACGCAAUAAGAUUGGUGGGGUGGCUGCUGACGAAUUCCUCAAACAUUCGCGGGAGCCAGCGACCGACGAUAGGCGAAAGGCCAGAGGGUAUAGUCUCAAGUUUAGGCACCAAGCCGACCAGCCAAAGGUGUGCAUUGAUGACGCUGAAAUUUCCUCAUGUCGAUUUUGUAACCUUCAGACCUGGUUGGAGGGUUCCCAAGAAGGCCUGCAGUACGACCUAAGCUCCUCUGAUGAAGAACUUGCGGAUAUGGAUGCGAAUGGUUGUAAACUUUGCCAACUCCUGAUAAAGGAACUCUCGAGUGCCCGCUUAAGCAAGACAUCAGAAGUCAAAGUGAGGGUUGCCUUGGAGUCCGGAAGAGACAUUUUGGCUCUUUCCUACGCAGGGUCUGAGAUCGAGCUGGAGUUUUGCAUUAAUUCUGAAGGUUAGUUUCCCAAAGCCUCUGCUACUCUCCUAGCCCCCCCAAAUCAAAGGAUGGGAUUUGCCGUAUUGGCUUCAAUUAUUGAAAUCACGGUAGCCCGUGAUUCCACACUAUUAUUUAGGACAACUAAUAGGUCACAACGGAGAACUCCUUCUG